UGCUGAUGUGCCUGCCAACCUGGUAAUUACCUCUGCACACAGCACUGUGCCUACCAGCAGUGUUCUGGCAAUGCAAAAAUAAGUCAGUGAUUGGCAUCUGCACCCGUAAUGGUGAAGAAAGCACUGAUAUAGUCAGCAUAACAAGGCUUCAAGUGAAGGUGGCAAAAGGUUCAGCUUAUUUAAGACACUGCUUUUAGUUCCAACAAUUUAAAUAAUCUGCUUCAGGAGAAGCAGACGGAGGAAUACGUUGGAGAUGGACAAAAGGACCAUUUCUUAUUAAAAUAAUAAGCUGUAAAGGAUCAGAGACUGAAUCUGCCGAAUUGUUUUAGCCCACCAUCUUCGGGAUUCUGAUGGGGACCAGUGAGGCAGCACUUCGAAUGGAAAAUGUUGAACUGAAAGAGGAAUGGCAGGAUGAUGAUUUUCCCAGACCGAUUCCAGAGGAACAAGGCAUGGAUGUUCUUGGACGAGUGCCAGCUCUAGAAAAUAGAACUUUGCCACCUAACACACUGAAUAUCAUUGGGAAUCAUCCGACACGUAAGACUCUUGUUGCCCCAGAAAUUAACAUCUCGCUGGAUCAGAGUGAAGGCUCCAUUUUGUCAGAUGACUACCUGGAUACACCUGAUGACCUCGACAUUAAUGUUGAUGACCUGGAGACUCCGGAUGAGACAGAUUCCCUGGAAUAUUUAGGAAAUGGAAAUGAGUUGGAGUGGGAAGAUGAUACUCCAGUUGCAAGCGCAAAAAACUCUCCCAGUGCAAAGGGGGGGUCCUUUGAAGACUGUGCAGAAGAUGGAGAAUCUACCAAUGGGAGACUGUGGAGGACAAUCAUCAUAGGAGAGCAGGAACACAGGAUUGAUAUGAAAAUCAUCAGGCCAUAUAUGAGAGUGGUGACACAUGGAGGUUAUUACGGUGAAGGUCUGAAUGCAAUUAUCGUAUUUGCUGCGUGUUAUUUACCUGACAGUGGUUGUGCAGAUUAUACCUAUAUCAUGGAAAACCUCUUCCUGUAUGUAAUCAGUAUCUUGGAGCUGCUGGUUGCAGAAGACUACAUGAUCAUUUACCUGAAUGGAGCCACACCUCGCAGAAGGAUGCCAGGCCUAGGCUGGCUGAAGAAAUGUUACCAGAUGAUAGACAGAAGGCUAAGGAAGAACCUGAAGUCAUUAAUAAUUGUUCACCCGUCCUGGUUUAUUAGGACUGUGCUGGCAAUCUCCAGGCCAUUCAUUAGUUUUAAGUUCAUGAGUAAGAUUCAGUACGCUCAUACUCUCUCCGAACUGGAACAGGCUAUUCCCAUGGAGCAGGUGCAGAUCCCAGAGUGUGUUUUACAAUUCGAGGAAGAAAGAAUAAAAUCAAGGAGGUCUCGAACAGAAGAUGGUCAGUCCGUGAUUGAGAGAAACAGAUCUGAAGCUGCAGCUGAAGAGCAGGAGUAAAGGAAGCUAAGAACCUUCAAAUCAAAAGCUGGAAUUCAGAGAAAACUGGAUGAAGUUCAUGACAAGAAAGUUCUUUUGAAAUAAUGUGACCAAGUUUGAUGGUUAUAAGAAUUGACUUUCACUCUCUGCCACUGAUUCCAGGAUGCAGACACUGGGCCCCGAGUUCAUUGGAACUCAGUUGCCAUUGAUCAGGCCAUUUUAGCAUGACAUGGAGUUUCUUAUGUCAUAACCAUGAAAAAUAUGUGGGAUAUGGUCAUAAUCCUAUUGCCAAAAGAGUACCCUAAGCAUAGCUGUUGAGAAUCAACUCAUAUCUCUAUUUCUUCCCCUAAUUUACUAAGCACUGAUGUUGCCGUACUGUGGGUUCCAUGGGCACCGAUUUCCCUCCAAUACGCUGAAUCUUUGUUGGCUUCAAGGCUGAUCUGGAUAAUCUGUUGUGCAAGUGUCAAAAUCCAAACUUAAUUCUCUCCUUAACCAACUCUUACACGAGAGUCGCUGACUAACAAUCCAAUGAAGGCAGUAGGUUUUCCAUGUAAGCAAGCCUUAGGUGUUCUUUGCCAGUUCUGUUGUAUUAAAGAGCUCUACAAAAGGAUUCUCCACUUUCAGCAGUGAUGGGUCUGGGAAAGAUCAUAUUGCUACAUUUCAGCUUUCUGUUAAGGCAGAAUAGGAAUCUUUUACAGUAUUUGACUCAUAAUUACUCGAGGCUGACAUUGGUGCAUAGGCAAUUUUUUUGAUUUUUUUCCACUGAACAGCACCACCCUGACAACAUAUAAUAUUAAAUAUAAAAAUGACUAAACCAUGGAUGGGGGUUAUGGAGGAGAGUGUAGGGGAGGGGUAGGUAAAAGAGUCUAUAACAGUGCAUCAUUAAUCUGUAAGGUGAUCUCAGAAGUUUUAGAAUUCUAUUGUGGAAUAAAAUAAAUGACGGUGAACACAAUAUGUUCUUCCUGUGUGACCAGGAGUGUCUCUGAGUCAAUCUCUGAGUCAGUCCCUGGCCUCUACUAGUUAGCUGAUCACAGCUGGAGUGGCAAUGUAGGCGUUCAAUAGUCAGCAUCUGUGGGGCUUUGUGGAGAGGGCAUUGGUGAUGUGGGGCUUGUUUUAAAGUGAAUAAAGACAGUAUCUGUCAGGUAUCCUACUCCUGUUCACAGUUCAGUAACUCCUACUGCCAGUUUCUGGGAUGUUAGGGGACAAAAAAUGUCAAGAAGGUGCCUGUGAUCCCAUUAAUGAUUGAGGGAAGGGCACUAAAAGACAAUCAUUGCCUAUGGAAACUACUUACAGCAAGUCAGUGCUUUGAGAGGAAAUAGGCAGAGGGAGAACUACAGAAAUGCUGUUUCACUGGAUUAGUAAGGUGAGAGUGGAAGGCAUGACUGUCUGAAGAUUAACCUGCUGUGGUGGCAGAGAGUGAGGGCUGACCAAUCAGGUGAAACAAACACCCAGCUGACAAUCAGAUUGGUCAAAUAAGUUGAAAAAUUCCCAAUUGAUGGGUCAGUUACUGCAAGUAUUUUUUUGUUGGUUUAAUAAUUCUCGUUGUAAUCAUUGUUCACUUUGAAUGUAUUACGUGUACAGUUUUAAAACCUUUUUAAUUUUCAUUGUCACUAAUUGCUCAGAAUUGUUGACUUAAAUUCAAGCUCUUGUCUAACAUGCUUGCUCCCUAUGCUGCAGUGUGACCAGCCCAGUGUGUAAUUAACAGCUGCAAAAAUUGUAAAACUUGCUGGAAAUAUUUGUCCCACUUUGUGAUCUUUAAGACAACAACAUGAUAAUUUGUUACCUAUUGUCUACACUAGAACUUUUAGUGAACAAAUCUUGUGGAACUCCUUGAUGGAUUUUUCUUGAACACCUUACUGUUGAGUUCUUUCAAAUCAGUGGGUUUUUUCAGUCUCUGUCUGUGGCUUUUCAUAGGAACACCUGUAACUUCCCCCAAAUGGUGCGAUUCUGCUCCUGGGAAGUGGCAAAAGUCAUGGAAUUGAACACUCUUAAUACAGCAAAAUGCUGCAGAUUCUGGAAAUCUGAAUUUUUAAAAAUAAAGUGCUGGAAAGGUGCAGCAAAUGCUGGUUGCACGAGUGGAGAAAGAAACAAAGUUACCACUUACAACUUAAUCUUUAAUCAGUAACAUCCUUUCGCUUUGUUACUGGGCAACAAGGAGGGCAUAGGAAUCAAUCCAGCUUUUGUUGAUGUCCCAGUUCUUUUAAAUGGAGCUCCUGACGUAGAUAGAGCACAGGUUUGCCCAAAUCCACAGGUUACACGUGGCUCCUAAGACAAAUGAUAAAUUCCACAUUAUGUUGAUCUCACAGAUUGAUUAAAAAUUGAAGGAAGUUGCAUUGGGUCCGAGGAGGCCUCAUUUGGGCCUUCAGGAAGCCAUCUCCCCAUCAUUCAGUUUGAUUGCUCCAUUGGCCUUUAUUCAAGAUCAGACUGGUUGUGGGGCUUUUAAUGAAGCUAAGACAGAAGGUGCUGUUGAGAGGCAGAUCAAUCCCAGAAUGUGAAAAGAUCAUUUUAAAUCAAACGAGUAGUUUUACGUUCCUUCUGUUAAAGGCCCCGUCCUGCACUUGGCAACACCUAAGGCAGCAUGAUUGAAUCCAGCAGCUUGUUGUGGACAUGUGGAGCUCAGACCCAUUCCUUCAUGGAGCAGUGUUGCAGCAUUCCUGAGUGAGUUAUUGCCAAGGGUUUUGGCCCUGUUUACAAAGUUAGUGAUACCGUUAAUGUAAACUGGAUAUUUAACCAGUUGAUGCCUAAUGUUAUGGCUAUUCAAUGUUUUCAGUUGUUAUAAAAAUAAACAGUUGGCACAGGUGCCAUGCAGUCA